CCUAAGGCACGGGGCACACUGCUGCAUGCAUCAGGGCUGGGGUCUCUGUCCUGUAGAAAACAGAUGGGCUGCCCCUGGCCUCUAAUGAAUAGGAGUAAGUGUUCAAAACGUAGAAUAACCUGUCCCCAAGUGUCCACUGUACCCACUGAGGCUGAGAGAACCUAGGUUCCACUUGGGUAGCGGUUGCAGCCAUCUUGACCCUAGAGAUUUUUUUUCCCCCUCUUUAGUUGGCUUUCUACCAUCAAGUCCUCAUUAUGAAUCGUACAUCUACCGGCCGUGGCACUGGACACUUCCCUCUGAGCCGAAGGGUGGGAGUUCAAGAAAGUAAUUUGGCAGCAAGUUUGGGGGUUCGUGUUCCGAGCCCGUGGCACUCUUUUCUGAGUAUCUCGGGCUCAACCCAGAGUCGAAGUUUGACCGUGAGGCUGGAGCUGCCCCUCAGGGUUGCUGGGGGCUGGGCCAAGGUUGAGUAACCUGGAGCUACCCCUCAGGGUUGCUGGAGACUGGGCCAAGGGUGAACUGCCUGGUGUAGAGCCGGUUUCUGACGUGGAACAGGAAGUGGAGCGGAGAACCACCGGGACUUGGAGUUGGGUUGGGAAUUCAAGCAUGCUUCCUGCCAGACUGUGUGCUGAGAUCUUGACUGCUCUGUCUUUGGUAACCAUGGUGUCCGGCACUCAGGAUGGGAUGAGCAUCCAGGAGGACCGAAAGCAGAGGCGACAACAGAACACCAUGGACGCACUGCCGGCCUGCAUGCUCCGUGAUGUGACCCAGGAGGCCUUGAAUGUGUCUGUCAUUGGCAUCGACGAGGGGCAGUUUUUCCCCGACAUUGUGGAUUUCUGUGAAAUGAUGGCCAAUGCAGGCAAGACAGUGAUUGUGGCGGCGCUGGAUGGAACCUUCCAGAGGAAGGCUUUCGGCAGCAUCUUGAACCUGGUACCCCUGGCGGAGAGUGUGGUGAAGCUCACCGCUGUGUGCAUGGAGUGCUUCCGAGAAGCUGCCUACACCAAGAGGCUGGGACUGGAGAAAGAGGUGGAGGUGAUUGGCGGAGCAGACAAGUACCACUCCGUGUGCCGCCUAUGCUACUUUAAGAAGUCUUCGGCACAGACUGCUGGGCUGGACAACAAAGAGAACUGUCCGGUGCUGGGGCAGUCUGGAGAGGCCUCGGCUGUCAGGAAGCUCUUUGUCCCUCAGCAAGUCCUACAGUACAACUCUGCCAACUGAGGGGACCUGAGGCCCGCCAGCUCCUACCCCAGGUUGGACUCUCAGAGAGCAGGGGGAGGGGCAGGGCCUGCCAUUCCUAAUGGACACUGUGCCCUGGAGAGGUUCAUCAUCUGCUUGCUGAAGCCUUUUUUAGUUCUCUUCUUGGUUGCUGAGAUGCCUCAGCGCAGGCUGGAGCCCAGACCCUGCCUGGUGGCUAGGGUCCCACAUCCAGUCAAAGGUGAGGACAGAGCUGCCCGGCAUUGUGACACUGGUGGUGCUAGCUUCUUCCUUGUUGGUGGCUUUCACUGCUGGGUUUCAGUCUCAGAGCCCCACCCCUUACUUACCAAGGCUCCAGCCCUUGCACAACCCCCCCCAUUUGUGCCUAAACAUGACCUAGGCUGCCACUGUGUUCCCCAGAACUAGCCUUUGACGUGAGCCAAGAGUGUUUCUUGUGCUCCGUUGUGCAGAGUGAACAAUAUUAAA